AUGCAUAUUUUGAAAAUGAUUCCUCGCGUAGUUCUUCAACGAACUACCACAAAUUCUUUAGCUCGUUGUAUGCAACGACCUGCUUUCGUCCGUCCAGUUUGGAGAAGCUAUGCGACGACGAAGCCAGAUGAUAAUGUUUUUGGUGAAAAUAUGGGAAUGGACGAUAAAAUGCACAAGAUAGAAGAAAAAAUGAGUUCCGUUGUCCUUAACGACCCACAGCUAGUCGAAAAAAUUGAUCGUCUUCGUGUAUUCUGUGAAAAACACGGUCUUAAACCCGGAGUGAAACCUUCACCUUUGGUCAUGCUCAAGUUGGCAAGAGAUCCAGAAUUUAUUGAGUUAUCACAGGCUAUUCGUGAAAUUUUUGAAAAGUCCGGUAUCCAAAAUGAUCCUGAGCUCUUGGAAUAUUUAAAGCGAAUUAAACUCGAUGAGAAUUAA